AACUGCGUUACUUUAAUUUGCCUUCGAAAACGUAUUUCGAUGCAUCGUUAUAUUAAAUACGCAUAAUAUUAUUUCCGUAUUAUACUUUUAAAUGCGUAGCCAAUGAAUUUUGUGAAAGAAUAUGUUAACAUCUAAGGAGUGAUGCCCAAGUAUAAUUGAUUAAUCCAUAAAUACAUUGAAGCAAUGUUUAUUACUUCAAUCCUGCAUUGCGUUAUAGUAACAAAGUCGAUUAAAUAUUAAACUUGCAAUGUUUACGUAAAGUAUAGUAGUUAUACAAAUACGUAUGAUAAUAAAAAAAUAAUUGCUAGAUUAACAAAGAUAAUGCAGUCACAGUUAUCGGUAACACCUAGAAAGCUACCGGUAUUUGUAUUCCCACAGAAUAUUACAUUUUAUCUUGAUGAUCAGUCGACGCAUAAACAAAUUCUAACUUUAUACAAUCCUUACGAUUUUCCAGUAAAAUUUAAAAUUUUUUGUACCGCACCAAAUAAAUACGUAGUAGUAGAUCCAGAAGGAACUAUAAAGGCUAGAUCUUGCGUUGAUAUUGUUGUACGACAUAUAGCAUUAUCGCUUUUGAAUUGUACUAUUGACAAAUUCAGAAUACAAAUGCUAGAAUAUCCAAAUAAACAAAUUAUAGGUAAGAGAGAGGUGGAAGCAAAAGUCGUUAGUGGAAUCCCCGAGCCCUUAGAAAAAGUUACACCGGAACCAGAAUUGUUUCAACAGAUUCCAAGUACCGGAAAAAAUCAGCAGUCCUAUGCAUUAAUGACUCACAAUAAAUCUGUAACUAGAGAUACAAAUUAUGUGGCUCUAUUAGCAGGUAUAAUCUGCAUUGCUGGAUUAUUGUUACCUACCGAAGGCGAACGAAAUUUACGAAUACCAGAUUACCUUCACUUGUCUAUCCAUUUGAAAUUAAUUCUCUCCUUUGUGUUAGGUAUGGUGACAAUUAUAGUGUUAAGGCUAUAAUAUUUAAACAUUUUUACCGAUUGAAAUAUUGGUAAUGUGAAUAUUAAGUCUAAAGUAUUUUGCAUCAAAUAUACUUGCUCGUCUCUUAGACUACGCACACAAAUGAAAUGAUAUGCUUAAUCAUGGUUUUCCAUGUGUUAUGAAAUAAUAUUUAUUACUGACGUAUAAUCAUAAAUUAAAUAUUUUAUAAUAUUUAUAAUUUAUAAAUGUCUAAUAAUUGUCGUUCCUCAUCUUCGAUGCUAGUCGAUAAGGUUUGGCCUAUUGGAAUAAGGAGGAGCAAUAUUUUUAUACAAGUUCGAAUAGUGAAAUUUUAAUAUUUUUUUAUAACUGUAAAAGUUAUAAAAUAUGUUCUAUUUUUAUUUGUACACUAUUGCUUUAUAUGUACAUCUAAGACUAUUUUAUAAAAAUUUCAUAUAAAAAAUGUACAAAUAAUCAGCCAAUCAAA